CCCCCGGGUGCUGAGGUGCCCCCCACCCCGUGCCAGCUGUACCUGGGGGUGGUCCUGGCCGCCGUCGUCAUCGUCACCGGCUGCUUCUCCUACUACCAAGAGGCCAAGAGCUCCAAGAUCAUGGACUCCUUCAAGAACAUGGUGCCACAGCAAGCGCUGGUGAUCCGGGAGGGCGAGAAGAUCCAGAUCAACGCCGAGAACGUGGUGGUGGGAGACCUGGUGGAGGUCAAGGGAGGGGACAGGGUGCCCGCAGACAUGAGGAUCAUCUCCUCCCACGGCUGCAAGGUGGACAACUCGUCCCUGACGGGAGAGUCGGAGCCGCAAACCCGCUCGCCAGAGUUCACCCACGAGAACCCCCUGGAGACCAGGAACAUCUGCUUCUUCUCCACCAACUGCGUGGAAGGCACCGCGCGGGGCAUCGUCAUCUCCACGGGGGACAGGGUCACACUGGGGGGGACAGGGGACACUCACACACCCCCUGGGGACACCGUGGUCACUCU